UACAUCUUCGUCAUAUUCGAGUUUGAUUUACGUAUCAAAUGCUAAAAUCUGCUCUUGGUGGUCAGGUCCAAGUGUAGCGGUUUGCAGUCUUGAUGUUUUUGUUGCCAGAUUUUUCACAGUGUGACUGAUGGGAUAGGAAGACUGGUCUUUGGUUCUGGAUCCAGACUGACAGUGGAGUUCGGUGAGUGGACGACGACCACAAGUCUCAGGUUGUUCAGUUCAAGUUCAAGUUCAGUCUCAAGUGGUCUGGGGUCCAGUGGUUUAAGAGGUCUUUCAGGUUUGGUCGUCAGAUUUCAUACUGUCUGAUUGAUGUUAGUUUGAGAAAUGUGGCCUUCAGACCUGGAUGCAGACUGACCCUGGAGUCCUCAGUGGGUCCACAGAAAAUGAUACCGGUAGACUCGGUCAGUGGAGGUGUUGGUGCUUCAGGUCUGUCUGGUCCGACUUCUGGGUUAUUUACAGUUGGAGUGGACUCGAGAGGUUUUUGUCGCCUGAUAUUUCACGGUGUGUAUGGCUCGACUGCAAGACUGGUCUUCGGUUCUGGAUCCAGACUAACAGUGGAAUCCGGUGAGUUUCAGACAACAUUGUACUGAUGGUUUUAAACAGUUGUAGUACAAAUCUUAAGUCUAGUGUUGAUGGUCAGUUUGUGAGUGGUCUUGGUGCCCUGGGCUGGCUUGCGUAGUUCACAUGGUAAAUGUCUGAAUGCUCAUUGAUCUGAGGUGGUGUUUUUUGUUGCACCUCGUCUCACUGUGCGUAUGGAUCUGGAUCAUACAAACUGUUCUUUGGUCCUGGGUCCAGACUGACCGUGGAGGCCCGUAAGUUUCUCAGUCAAACUGCAAACAACAUGGUUCUGGAUGCUCUUCUGGUCCCAGACAGUCUUAUACAGUGGUCGAGACUUUUUUAGUCCUGGGUCUGGUGGUCACAGGUCUGUACUCCGGGUUCUUGCCUGGUCUUCUUUCUAACCAGAGCUGAGUUGACAGUAGGACUGAUUGUGUUCUCUGAAGCAUGUUUUUGUCACGGAGGUUUUCAUUGUGUGACUGGCAAUAACAAAUUCUACUUUGGUUCUGGAUCCAGACUGACCGUCGAGUCCCGUGAGUUUUUUGUUGAUGACCUGGUUCCAGAAUGAUCUGCAGGCAUAAUGUUUUUGCAGUCCUCUGUUUUACUAUGUGUAUGGAAGUGUCAAAGUGAUCUUCGCUUCUGGAUCCAGACUCAUCGUUGAGUCCAGUAAGUUCUUCAGUGGUUCUCCAGAUGCUGUUUAGCGUGGCACUCAAAUCUGGUCUUAGUGGUUUGGGAUCCAUCUGUGAGAGGUCCUCGUAGCUUGAGGCAGGAUAAAGUAAGAUGGGUUAGUCACAGUCUUUUGGAGGUGUAAGCGGUCUGCAGAUUUUCAGGUGCUGGUUCUCCUCCAACAAGACUCAGGACUUCAGGGUAUUUUUGUUGUGACAUGUCUCACUGUGUGAAUGAUGGAGCAAGAAGACUGGUCUUUGGUCCUGGAUCCAGACUGACCAUUGAGGCCCGGAAUGAGGUGGGACCCUCAUUCUUCCGACUGGAUGGGGAAAACAUGGUAGCUUGUUUGGCCACCGGCUUCACUCGCCACAAAGCUGUCAAUGACUCAGACCAGCGUGAACUCUUCGAGUUGACGGAUGCAGCCAGGAUCACAGGCAGCUCCAUGUUCAGUCAGCUGGCUCUGCUGAAUGAUGCAGACAAGGACAAGUGUGAAGCAGGCAUUGUUAUUGAGGAUCCCUGUGAUGAAGUGGUGGAGACAGAUGAGAAGAUGAACUUGACCACCCUGACGCUCCUCGUCCUCAGACUGCUCUUCAUCAAGACCCUGGUCUUCAACGUCCUGAUGAGUCUGCGCUUCUGGACCAGAGAGUAAAAAAGGAAGGACAUGAAAACUCUGAAGACUGAAGCUUCACCCUCCGUGUGUAUAUGUGUGUGUUUGACAAGGUUUGCUUUGAAAUCAAUGUUUUCAAUAUGAUUUUCAAUAAAUACAUUUUCAACC